CACGUGUUGGGAAAAAAAAAUGGGUUUCGUCAAUAUGGGCAAAAGUUCUUCCUCGGUUUCGGGGUUCCCAGCAGUUUGACAGCCUUCCGCCGCAUCUUGGCGACCGAGGCGUGCAGGCCUGCGAGAAACCGGCGCUGAUGUGCUCGGACAGCUGGCGUUUUGGCUUUCGGACAGGCGGGAGUGCUCAAUCAUCCCUCUAACCCCUUGCCUUGCCGUCUCCGCAGUCUGUGCAGUUGCUGGAGCUCCUGCUAAGCGCCCAGCCCACGGCCUCCCGCUCUGGUCAUGUGGGCCUGUUUUUAUGUGCAGUGGGAACAGUUAUCGCUUUUUCAGCUAGAGCAGACCAAACGCAGGCGGCCGGUCUAGCAGGAGGGACGGGAGAAGCCGAGAUGUGCUGACGCUGCCUGCGGCACCGUGCGCUUUCCGUGUGUGGCUGGCUGCUGUCGGGGCAGUGCGGGAGAAUGCGAUGGACGGGUUUAAAGGAAUUCACUCAGGAACUUUGAUUCCAAAGAGACUAUUUUCUGUCACCCCUUAGAUGUUCAGGAGUCUUGGUCUAAAUGGGUCCAGUCAUGCCUCCCAGUAAGAAGCCGGAAGGCUCGGGUGUCAGUGUUGCCAGUGGCCUGAGCCAGUAUUACCAGGGGAGCUCGCUGACCAAGGCCCUCCAGGAAGCUGAGGAGCUGGACUUGUCACUGCCGACCACCAAGCUGGAGAAGGGGCCCAUGGAGGACGAAGAGCUCACGAACUUGAACUGGCUGCACGAAAGCAAGAACUUGCUCAACAGUUUCGGGGACUCGGUUUUGCGGAGCGUAAGCCCCGUCCAGGAGAUCGACGACGACACCCCCCCGUCCCCGGCGCACUCAGACCUGCCCUACGACGCCAAGCAGAACCCCAACUGCAAGCCCCCCUAUUCCUUCAGCUGCCUCAUAUUCAUGGCCAUCGAGGACUCCCCCGCCAAGAGACUGCCGGUGAAGGACAUUUACAACUGGAUUCUCGAACACUUCCCCUACUUCGCCAACGCCCCCACUGGGUGGAAAAAUUCAGUGAGGCAUAACCUGUCCCUGAACAAGUGUUUCAAGAAGGUGGACAAGGACAGGAGUCAGAGCAUUGGGAAAGGGUCCUUGUGGUGCAUAGAUCCAGAAUACAGACAGAAUCUAAUUCAAGCAUUGAAAAAGACACCUUAUCAUCCAUACUCCCAGGUGUUCAACACCCCACCUACAUCUCCUCAGGCAUAUCCAAGCAUGCCAAGUGCUCCGCUCUGGCCAGGGAGUCCUUUCUUCAGAAAAAAUGGGGGAGUCCUCUUGCAAGAUCCUGACAUUGAUGCUGCCGCUACCAUGAUGCUUUUGAAUACUCCAGACCUGCCAGCUUCUCUCCCUCAGGGAGUGAUCCAGAACGGAGCUCGGAUGGGGAGUCAGGGGAUAUACCCGGGCAUCAGACCACUGCCAAUCAAUCCGAUAGGAAGCCGGACAGGAGCCGUGAGGGCCUUCCUGGGCGGCUGCCGGGUGCGCAGCGACAGCGAGCCGUCCUGCGGCUCCCCGGUCGUGAGCAGCGACCCGAAAGAGGAUCACAACUACAGCAGCGCCAAAUCCGCGCUCCGCCGCAGCGCCUCCCCCGCCGGCAGCUCCGCCGCCGCCGCGGCCGACAGCCCCAGCGAGCCCGAGGCCGAGGACGAGGACAGGAGGCCGGCCCGCCGGGAGAGCCGGGACGCGCUGGCCGACGCCGGCGGCCUGGCCCCGCACAAGAAAAGGCAACACUUGGCGAAAGCCAAACAGAAAGUUUCGGCCGACACGCUGCCCUUGAAAAAGCGGCGCACGGAGAAGCCGCCGGAGAGCGACGACGAGGAGAUGAAGGAGGCGGCGGGCUCUCUCUUGCACUUAGCAGGGGUCCGGGCAUGUUUGAACAACAUCACCAACCGGACGGCAAAAGGACAAAAAGAGCAGAAAGAGUCUAUGAAAAAUUAAGACUGAAAACAUCAGUUUUAAUAGAAUUUACAGUUUUUUUGUUUUUUUUUCCAAGACAUCAGGUGACUUCUAAUGAUUUGUGGCAAUAUCAACAAUCACUUUGUUUUCCUAUCCUUUAUAGAUACUGUUUUUUGAGGGUUGUUUUUUUGUUGUUUUGUUUAAAGGAGAUUAAAGCCAUAGCAAAACUUUUUCUGAUGCUCAGCUAAUGUUUAGGAACACAUUUUUGUCGACUGAAUAGAGAAGGAAAAACAUAAUACAAUUCCGCCAAACUCAAGUCAGGUUUCUUCGAUUGGCAAAACACGAAAGGUGGAGCAAAAAAAAAAAACAACAACAA